AUGGCUUGCUAUCAUGUCUACGCCGACCAACUCACCUGCUUGAACCACGGAUACGCCCUCUGGGAGCCGGACCCUGGCCUGCGCCCUCCAGUCCGGAUCGGCGACGUGGGGUACUGCCGUUUCGGAGGAUUUUUCCGCAUUUUCAACGUUCAUCUGUCCGCGGACGACCCUCUGCAGGCAUCAGAGCUGCCCGAAUAUUUUUCUCCCUUGCCUUACAAUCCCAAUCAUGUCUAUUCGCGGACGCUUGAUCCCGGCGGGCGCUACUCGCGCAGUGUUCGAGCGAGAGGCGCUGAAGCUGGGCUUUCGACUGGACUCGUCCCGUUAAGCGGGGGGAUUUCAUUCGAAUGUUUCCGCGAGCAAGGAGCCGUCCUCGCCAUAUCAGAAGACGCGACCCGUCAAGACGCUCACCUACUCGUCAACUAUGAAACAUACAUGCUCGAAAAUUGUUCUCGUUGGCUCGCCCUUGUGGAGAUGCAGGGUCUCGGACUACGGAUGGAGGAUAUAGUCCUCGUAACUGGCUGCGAUUUGACGAGCGCAUGGGCGGUCGCAGCAUUUACCGACUCUGGCGUCGAUGCGAGCGUCCAACUCCACGUUGGGGCUACUCCUGCAGGCGCUGUGGACAUUGGUACGAAUGUAUCGUGGAGGAACGAGAGGAAUGUGGAACGACAUUGGGGACCGAGGCGGAGGAUGACGUCUGGAUUCGGAGCUGAUCCUUUCCAGCAGGUCGCCACACCGUCUUCAGAGCAGAAUCAGUGCAUAUUCAUUCGUGGGUAUCGGGUCAAGUUCAGAAGUCGGUUCUUACCGAAGAAAUUAGUCGCUGCAGCGGAGCCGGUAGACUACGACAUGGACGACGACGAAGAUCAUGGGCCUAUUUCGACUGUAGGAUCUUACGGCAAUGAUGGUAUGCUAGAAGUCGAGUCCAUUGCUGAUGAUAGUCAUACACCUCUCUCUGUCGCUGUCCUGGAUUACAUACUUGAACAUUCGGAAGCCCACGUCGCCAUCAUACAUGAUCAGGACCUUAGUCCGAUCUUCGAAAGGUCCUCUUCUAGAUCAAGACUGGAGCUACAGAACGAACUGCAACGUCUAAUGGUCAACGAGAAAUUGUUUAAUUUGAACCAAUCUGGUCACCAAUCAGUGCUAGCCCUUGUGGGUUCAAUAUCAGCACCAGCACCACCGAGACGGUCACUUCCUAACACCGUCGACAACUGGCCCGCGUUUUCGACACCGCUCGACCUUUCGCUCACCUCCAUACCGGAGGUUUUACCAUACCCCGCCCAUUCAAAGUCGCAAGGUGUCGUUACGCCUAGUGUCUCUCGUGACCUUGACAUCCCAGCUCUGCGUAAGAAAGCCCGGGAACAAGCUCGUCGAAUCCGAGAACUUCAAACAUGGGCUCAGAAUGUCGCAGUGGACAGCUCUAGCUCCAAUAAUAACCCUCCACCGGACUCAGACCCCUGCCUAUGUGUCCCUCUUAUCCAAACCCAGAACGAACCCCCAGCCCUUCCUUCUGAAAGUUCUACUAGCGUGACGUGGCCUAUAAAGAAGGCGGGGGGAUCUACCAGUGAGGAGGAGGAUUCAGAUAGCGAUUCGAGUUGCUGGGAUAGCGUCCAGCACGAUCGAGUCACCGCUCAGACGUCCGACAUAGGGAGCGUCUCCGGUAUCUACUCCCGAGCUUUCAGCUCGACGCCGAUCUUGGAGAACGAGGCGUUGACAACGACAUUCGGGUCUUCGACGCAUGGCGAUGCUGCUUCCGCUUCCGAAUACUCAGGUUCUUGUUGGCAGUGCAAACGUCGAAAUAUUGCAUGCGAAAAUCGAGGAAAACAUACGGCCUGCACGUUCUGUAGGAACAGAAAGAUCGCGUGCUCCGUGACCGAUCCAAAUGGUCAUCCAGAAGGCUCAGAGACGAUGGGCAAUGCCAAGGUGCUGGAAGAAAUGCUGUUCGGGCCCUUUCGACGUGAUGCAUCUGGAGCGAGCGCUCCAGUAGGUAGCCCAGACUCUGGAGGAAAACCGAAGGCGAUAAUACGUAGACCUUGUAAUCGCUGCAAAUCCUUAAAGGUCAGGUGCGAGUACGAGCAAGGGGAGCAGUCUUGCAAGCGGUGUCUCCGAGGGGAUCACGAGUGUGUCGUCCCAGAACGUAAAGCCCGGCGCCCAGAGCAGCGAGAGGUACUCCUUCGGGAGACACUCACUCAAGACGCAAGGAUCGAGAGGAGUCUUGAGGAGAUCCGGUCGCUCAAGUCCGCCGAGCGUGCCUCCCAGGCUGCUGGUGGUCAAGUAGGAGGAUAGCCUAUAUUCAUGGAGAAGUGGCAGACAAAGAGAGCAUUUCUGCAUGUAUGCGGUGGUUAGGUAGCCGGCCCAAAUUAUAGCGAGAAUAUUGUACCUUGCUGAGCGUCUCCAAAGUGUAUUUGGU